UUAGACACUCAGCAUGCACAACCAAUACUAAUCUUCCAGUUAUGCACUUCCUCCUUUGACCACGGUGACACAAGUCUUGUCAGUGUCAGAUAAUAAUAAUAAAAAAAUGAACCAUUGGAUGUUUACUUUCAGUUUCCAAGUAACUUGUGACAUCACCUUGGUUGUUAGUCAAGUCUCAGACAUGUUCUCAAAAUUUCCAUGACUUUUUUUUUAAGCAAAUGAAUAUCAGAGGAAAAAAACAGAGCAAAUGUAGGUUACUCAAAUGUUUUUACUUGUUCUGUCAGGUUUUAAUUUUCAAGGAAUUUUUGGUUUUUGCAGGAUGCAGGCUUCAACUUCACAGCCGUGUCACUUUGAGGCUAUCUUAGAGCUUCAGAUAGUCUCAGUGCAAUUUGACAUAUAGGAAAGUUUACAUUUGUGAAUCAUAUACCAUUAUUAUAAUAUGGGAUGGGCCAUUUAAAUACAUCAUGUACGUAAGUAUUGUUUCGGUUACUCUCCUGUGUCAUCUUUAAAAGGAAUACAGAUAUUGUCACAGCCACAUCUGAAUGAACUGAAAUAGUUACAUAAACACUGUGUAUCAAAAUCACAGGCAUCUUCCAGUUAAUGAUAUAGAUCAUCAUAUUUUUCGCGAUGUUAUUCUUUAUUUGUUAACCUUAUAAAUGUAUGAUUUUACCACUUUACACUAUAACCUCAAGAUUUUCUUUGUUCCCAUUAAGGUCACGUAGGCCUCUUCCAAAAUUAAACCCAGAUGCUCUCCUGGAGCGAUCGUCCUCACAUACAGCUACAGCACCACAACAGGAAAGUAGUUUUUUCAUACAACAGAAAAUGAAUAAAUAAAUAAGAUUUUCACAACACAUUCAACUACAUGUACAGCAUGCCGGCUACUGUGUAUGUAUGUAGCUUAUAUGACAGCAACAUGUUGUAAACUUCAGGGUAAACAAUGUUUUUUGCAUUCACAAGUUGAAACUGGCCACCUAAAAAAGAAAAUUCUGAAAACUAUGGAUGGUAUUUCACCCCAGUUGAGUUCACAGAAGACAAAGGGAGUUCAAUGUAAAUAUCUCUCUCACCGUUUUCACAGGCCACUGAAAAUAAAACCAUAUCUGACUCAAAUAUCUGCGCUUCACACUGUGUAUUUGAAUAUUUAAAUAGUCAUGCUUACCAUAUUUAUUCGUUUUAAAUAAAAAAUAAAAAAUAAAAAAAACAGUGUCCAGUAUAGCAUUGUUUCACUUGAGGGCGCUAACACAAAGCACCAGGUGGUCCGGGAACAACUUGAGAAAGGAGGAGGCCAUUCACUAGCCUGUUUUAGCUACACACACCUAGCUACUGUUAGCUAGCCGGCGGCUAACGAGCAAGCUAAAACAUCAGUCUGUCUUAAUGUCGCCCGUCUUAUCAAGUGAUGGCAAGAGAACAGUGUUCACAAACUGAAGCGGAACUGUAUUACCUCAUCGCCAGAUUUCUGCAGUCGGGACCUUGUAAAAAAGCAGCACAGAUUCUGAUCGAGGAGCUGGAGGAGUAUGAGUUGGUCCCUGAACGAUGGAGUUGGGACGGGAAGAAAUACAAACGGACCUUCCAAGACUGGGUGAUUUUGAACCAGCACAUUCCUGCGGACUAUCUGCUCCGUGUUUGCCAGCGGAUAGGCCCUCUUAUAGAGAAGGAGAUCCCACCUAGUGUUCCUGGAGUCCAAACACUUUUGGGACUGGGGAGGCAGUCUUUGUUGCGUACAACCAAAAGUUGUAGCCACAAAGUAUGCAGUGGUUCAGCUGUGGCUGCACUCCAUCGAGGACGUCCACCAGAACCUCCAGUCAGCAAUGGAGGUCCUCCAAAUGUUGUGUCCAUCAUGGGUGCUCGCCAGGCCACAGGCUUGGCUCGUAUCGGCCAGGCCCUGCCGUCUUCCACCUACCAACACAUGAAGAUACACAAACGUAUUCUCGGACACCUUUCUUCAGUGUACUGCGUGGCCUUUGAUCGCACCGGUCGUCGGAUAUUUACGGGUUCUGAUGACUGCCUGGUGAAAAUCUGGGCCACAGAUGACGGCCGGCUCCUGGCAACACUCCGCGGCCACUCUGCAGAGAUCUGUGACAUGGGCGUCAACCAUGAGAACAGUCUCCUUGCCUCAGCGAGCUGUGACAAAACCAUCAGAUUGUGGUGCUUACGCACUUGUGCACCCAUCACUGUUCUGCAGGCCCAUGGUGCCUCCAUCACAUCCAUACAGUUUUGUCCUGCUGUCAAAGGGACGACGCGGUACUUGGCUUCCACCGGCGCAGACGGCAUGGUGUGUUUCUGGAAGUGGCACUCCGUCAGCAUGAAAUUCAAUGAUCAACCAGUCAAAUUUGUUGAGCGGUCGCGUCCAGGAGUACAGGUCUCUACUUCCUCAUUCAGCAGUGGUGGUAUGUUCAUGGCUACUGGUGGCACUGAUCAUCUGAUCAGGGUUUACUACCUUGGCGCUGAAACUCCGAUGAAGGUCUCUGAGAUGGACGCUCACACGGAUAAAGUUGUUGUCGUUCAGUUUAGCAAUAACAGUGACAGCCUAAGGUUUGUGAGUGGCAGUCGAGACGGCACAGCGAGGAUCUGGCAUUACCAGCAACAAGAGUGGAAGAGCAUCACUUUAGACAUGGCUGCCAGGCUGCCUGGGAGUGCUGUUGCCAGUGGGGAUGAUAAAACCAAGCUGGUGGUGACCAUGGUGGCCUGGGACCGUGCAGAUAGCACCGUCAUCACAGCAGUGUCAAACUACCUGCUCAAAGUGUGGAGCACAGCCUCUGGACAGCUGCUACAUAUUCUAUCUGGUCAUGAUGACGAGGUGUUUGUGUUGGAGGCUCACCCAUUCGACUCCCGCAUCAUGCUAUCUGCUGGCCAUGAUGGCAACAUUUACAUGUGGGACUUGACCAAAGGAUCCAAGAUCCGCAACUUCUUCAACAUGAUUGAGGGGCAAGGCCACGGUGCUAUUUUUGACUGCAAGUUCUCAGCUGAUGGGCAACACUUUGCCUGCACUGACUCACACGGCCAUUUGCUCAUCUUUGGCUUCGGCUGCAGCAGACCAUACGAGAAGAUUCCCGACCAGAUGUUCUUCCACACGGACUACAGACCUCUUAUCCGUGACGCUAACAACUAUGUGCUGGACGAGCAGACGCAGCAAGCCCCACACCUCAUGCCUCCGCCAUUUCUGGUGGAUGUUGAUGGGAAUCCUCACCCCCCUCAAUUUCAGCGCCUGGUGCCAGGAAGAGAAAGCUGCAACGAGGAGCAGCUAGUGCCCCAGCUUGGAUACAUGGCUAACAGUGAUGGAGAGUUGGUUGAGCAGGUGCUUGGCCAGCAAACGGCAGAUAACAGAGAAAGCUUACUGGACAGUCUCAUCAGGCAGCUGCAGAACGAGCAGGACGUGCUUCAGAUGGCAGAACCGCAGGCCGAUGAGGCAGAAGCUGAUGAUGCUGCAGAUGUGGUGGUCUCCUCUCCAGCUGAUGAUUCACACAGAAGUGGGCAGGUGGACGGGGUGUGGCAGAUGCAGCAUAAUGCCUUGCGUAGUCAAGUGGCCACCGAGAGGGACCUGCUGGCCUGGAGCCGCAGAGUGGUGGUCAACGAGGUGCCGCAAGGGACGUUCAGAGUUUUGGAGGAGUGCAGAAAAGCCAAAGGUGACAUUGAAUGUUCUUUAUACAAUGCCGAGAGGAAGAAGAAACCAGCAGCCUGCACACCCAAGAGCGAUCUGCUGACCACUCGACUGCGCUCACUGAGGCCAAGCAAGAAAAAGCAGCAGCACCACGCCUAUCAGACCCGUUCAGCUCAAGUCCGCCGUCCAGGGACCAGGAGUCGAAACGGCAGCAACCGGCGCAACCCUGACAGCCAGGUAGACUCUGACAGUGAUGGAGAGGCAGCAGAACAGGCAGAGCAAAGCGAGGCGUCAUCUGAUGGUGAAGCUCAGUGGCAGAGUGAAAGCAGCUCCAGUGAUUCCUCCAGUGAAUAUUCCGAUUGGACUGCCGAUGCCGGGAUCAACCUCCAGCCGCCCAAACGAUCAACCAGGAGGCCCGUACAACCUCAAGGCUACAGCAGCUCUGAGGAGGAAGAGGGCGAUGACAAGGCGAAAGAGGCCAAGAAGAAGGAAAAUGAGAAGAGGAAGAAACCCAAGGAGACCAAACAAAAACCCACGUCCUCUCUGGCUGGACUUGAUGCGGAGGAGUGGCUGCCGCCAUCAUGGAUAAUGGAGACCAUCCCACGCCGCUCUCCUUUUGUUCCUCAAAUGGGAGAUGAGCUCAUCUACUUCAAACAGGGUCAUCAGGCCUAUGUCCGGGCCGUCCGCAGGGCCAAGGCCUACAGCAUCAACCCUCAGAAACAGCCCUGGAACAGACUUGACCUCAGGGACCAGGAAUCUGUGAAGGUGGUUGGAAUCAAAUAUGAGGUGGGACCUCCGACCCUCUGCUGCCUAAAACUGGCUUUCUUGGACCCAGUCUCAGGGAAGAUGACCGGCGACUCCUUCUCCUUAAAGUACCACGACAUGCCUGAUGUCAUAGAUUUCUUGGUGCUGCUGCAGUUUUAUAACGAGGCUAAAGAGCACAACUGGCAGCCAGGUCUGAGGUUCCGCAGCAUCAUCGACGACGCCUGGUGGUUCGGCUCUGUGGAGGACCAGGAGCCUCUGCAGCUGGAGUAUCCAGACAGCCUGUUUCAGUGCUACGCAGUGAAGUGGGAUAAUGGUGAGCGCGAGAAGAUGAGUCCCUGGGACAUGGAGCCGAUUCCUGAGGAAGCUGCGUUGCCAGAGCAGGUUGGUGAUGGCGUGGAGGUGGCAGAGGAGGAGCUGAAGGCUCUUCUUUACACGCCUCAGGAAGGAGAGUGGGGCGCCCACACACGAGACGAAGACUGCGAGAGAGUCAUCCGCGGCAUCGAUCAGCUUCUUACACUGGAGGUAGCCAAGGCAUUCACGUCACCAGUAAAUCUGCGGGACUACCCUCUGUACUGCACUGUUGUCGCUUACCCCACUGACCUCAGCACCAUCCGCAAACGGCUGGAGAACCGCUUCUACAGGCGGAUUUCAGCGUUAAUGUGGGAGGUGCGCUACAUUGAACACAAUGCCCGCACUUUCAACGAACCCCAGAGCCCCAUAGUAGCAUCCGCCAAGGUGGUGACUGACGUUCUCCUGCACUACAUCGGGGACCAGAGCUGCACCGACAUCUUGGAUCUGCAUCACAAACUGAAGUCUGAGAUCAGCAGUGGAGGAGAAGCGACAGCUGAUUUGGAUGUGGACUCGGACACUCCAGGCACAUCCUCUGGACAUCGGGGAGGGAACCAGAAUUCUCAGAAGCGAGGUGUGGUUUUGAAUGUGAAAGCGUGGAGAGGUCAGUGCCGAGAGCUGUUGCGCCGAAUGAUCACCUCGCCAGAUUCAGAACCGUUCAGGCAGCCUGUGGAUCUGUUUGAGUACCCGGACUAUCGAGACAUCAUUGACACUCCGAUGGACCUGAGUACAGUGUCAGAGACGCUGUGUGAGGGGAACUAUGAAAAUCCGAUGGAGUUUGCCAAAGACGUGCGCCUCAUUUUCAGCAACUCCAAAGCGUACACACCGAACAAGAAAUCACAGAUCUACACAAUGACCCUCAGCUUGUCAGCCUUCUUUGAAAAGAACAUCAUCUCCAUCAUCUCCGACUACAAGUCCGCCUGUCAGAAUGAGCGGCGGGCUCGUCAGAGACUCAGUUACAGGGACAGAUUGCACAACGGAGGCAGCUCGCCACCUAUUAGUCCAUCCCCCAGUCCUAAAGGGAAGCACAAGUCAGGGAAGGUGUCAAAGCCAAAAAAAUCCCAGACCUCAACCAAGAAUCGCUCUCAGAGACCAUAUCAGGCUCAUCAAAGCAGCAGUGUAGCAGAGGAAGAGGACAUCCAGCCUUCUUCCCCAAGUUCAGGGACGAGCAGCGAGGGCAGAAACCAAGGGCCUCAUCGGGUGACUCGCAGCCAAGCUACUCCAGUGAAGAAGUCAGGGCAACAGCGUAACCUACAUCUAAGUAACGGCUCCAGACAGCAGCACAGUCGAGGGGCGGUGCAGUCUGACGAUGACGACGACGACGAGGGGGAGGAAGAGUCCGGAUCCAACAGCUCAUCGUCGGAGUCCUCCUCCAGCUCGUCAUCCUCUUCUUCCUCUUCAUCGUCAGACAGCGAGGACAGCUCCGAUUCUGAGGUGGAGAAGUACGUGGAAGGUGGAGAUCACGACUACAGUAAAGCACCCUGCCUGUCGGUACGGCUCUCAGCUAAGGGUAAGGUGGCGGCCUCAGGGAAACGGAGACACAAAGGAGGAGAGGACGCAGCACAGAGACCUAAAAAAGCACGAAUGCAGCUGCCAGUGAAGGUGGAGGAGGAGGAAGAGGAGGAGGAAGACGAUGAGGAGGACGAAGAGGAUGAAGAGGAAGAAGAGGAGGAGGAGGAGGAAGAGGAGGAGGAACAGCAGCAGCAGCAACAGGUGGAUGUAAGACAAGAAGAGGACGAGGGAGAGGAGGAGGAGGAGGAGCCAGACGAGGAGGAGGAACCUGAGGAGGAGGAGGAAGAAGAAGAAGAGGAGGAGGAGGAGGACAACUCUGAUGUGCAGAGAGGAGCAGCAGCAGCAGCAGCUAGCACUCCGAGAGGCAACCAGUGCAAGUCUCGACGGGUGAGCACACGCAACCAGGGCCGCAGGACAGUUCUGUACAGGGACGACUCAGAGGACGACGGCCACGGGUCGAAGGAAGACCCUCUCAACCUGGGUCGGUCUCGCUCAGGACGGGUACGCCGCAUGACUGAGAAGGCACGCGUCAGCCACCUCAUGGGCUGGGGUCACUAACACGACGCUCAUACACAAACCUCAAGACUGUCAUGAGUAAAACUUCAGGGAUUUUUUUUCUUUUUUUUUGUAAAGGUGUAUAUAUGAUAUAAAUAUAUAUAUGUGAUUUUUUUUUUUUUAAAAUCUGAGACGGCUUAUGACUCUCGCCAGAAAGCUGGUCCUCACAAUGUGUCGCCAAGGAGGUCGACAGAGCUACUGUUUAACAAGGACCCUCUCCAACUGGACUAACUCACCUCGGCCUUACCGCUCGCCGGAGGAGCCUUCGAGACACUGCUCCUCCUCUCCUCCAUCAUGUCCAGAACUUAACACUAUAACCCCUCCUUUCCUGCACCUCUCUCAACUUUUUCUUACUCCUGGUCACCAAAGAAGGAUGCGGAGAUGCCAAAAAAAAAAAAAAAAAAAAAAUGGUGCUCACGUUUUAUUUCUCAGUUGUUUUUUUUCUCAACGAGUAAUUUAACAAGAAAACUCUUCGUGCUAGUGGUCACCAGUUCCGUCACGACCACCGUGAAAAACCGCGUGCAGUAUCACUCAAGGUUACUGAUGUCAACUCUUUUGGUCUUUCCUCACAACCCACAAGCCUUAGUUUUUCAGAGCUCGCAUCAGUCAGAUGUUGUGGGCGAUCAAGGCGAGUAGAUUGGGCACUAGCAAUACCGAGGAAUCACAGUGACAGCACCACAGUCAUAUCCCAGCUCCUACAGAUCAUGGUGUGAAUGUUAAAUGUUUUCCCUGCUUUCCUUUUGCUGGUGUCGACUGUUUUUCAGCUAUUUAAAUCAUGUUUAGAAUCAGAUUUUUUUUUUUUUUAAGGUUAAAGUUGAUUUUAUUUUCUUUUUCUUGGGUAAAAAAGCCACUGCAUUGUGUUUUGUAUUUGUACAUCCUGAUCGAUAAUUCAUGGUCGCCUCCAUCACACCCUCUCCACCCAGCAUGUGCAAAAAGCAAAAAGGGGUUCCUGGCAUACUCUCCUUCUUCCACAGAAAUAUUUAUUUUUCCAUUGUAUUAUAUUGGGGUGACAUUAGCUAUUUCGUACGUUCGUAUUGAUGAGGAAAAGGAAAUAUUUGCACAUUUAUCUACUCCACAUGGCAGCUGAGUAAUAAAGAUGUUAGAACAAGAGAAUUGAGAUGAAAGCACUCAUGAUUUCUUUGUUUAGAUUGCUUAAACUGUGCCAGCACACAUAAAUUCAGUCUUUAUUUUAUUUUUUUGUUUGAAGAUCAGCCUGUGUAUCAUGAAGCCCUGGACUGAUUUAUUUUUUUAUUGUUUUUGGUAGAUCAGUGCACUCAUGAUUGCUUUUUUUUCUUUCUCAUAAUAUACUACAAUCAGAAUCACUGUCUGUUUUUUCCUGCCUGGUUGAAUGAGUGAUUCCUGGAAGUGUUUCUAAAAAAAAAAAAAAAAAAAUCUAGUGGAGCUACAUCAAAAUGCAUACAUCAGUAAUGUUUACUUUAAAGUGUGUGCAGUCGCUGGUCAGUAAAUCACUUGAUUCAAUCAGGACAACAACAAAAAAAAAAAAAACAGGAACUCGGGCUCUCAAGUUCUCAUUUCAACACUGGGUGCUCUAAUCCAAACCCACCUCCUCAUUACUCUGCCUCUGUGUGGUCAUAAGAGAGAGGGUUCUCAGAGAUAAAAACACACAAAUCAGCAUCUAGGGUGCUCCGAGCGUCAGCAUUAAAAAGCAUCUAGAAAUUAUUAUUCUGAGUGGGAGAAGACUAAGAUUCACAUUUUGGAAUCUUAUUUUCAUAUAGUAGCCGGCUCUUAGUCUCGCCUCAAAGCAUCAGAUUAGUGGAUGGCAAAUACAACAAUAACAUUCUACUCUAGGUGGAAUAUGUGACUGUCUUUUAUACGCGAUGUUUUGAUUGUAUGUGUUUUUCUUUUUUUUUUUUUUAAAUAAAAAAUUGGAUUUCUCAGAA